AAAUUAGCACUUUGAAGCAAUUCAUCUAAGAAAGCAAUAUUGCUAUUUGACGUUUGUUUGCAUUGCGCAGUUACUUUUUUAUGCCCAAAUGUCCAAUUGCAAUAUUGCUUUCUUAAAUGAAUUGCUUCGAUGUGGCCAUUUUAUCUCCCCUGUAAGCUAAAUAUGUCACAUAGGAAUGAAAUGCCGGAAUAUCCUCUCGUGAAAUAAGUCUAGUGCCUCAGACAUCAAGCAGACAACUAUUUCUCAGUCGUCGAGUGGUUACAGAGUCAAAGGAAUUCGAUGGAGGUGUGCUGGUUGACGAAGAUGGGAAAAUUGAAGGAGUUCUUACACGGGAAACCGUCAAUGAGUUACUUCGAGACAAAAGUGAGACCCUAAAGAUCAUAGAUGGCGGGGACCUAGCGCUGAUGGCAGGCGUGGUGGACUCGCAUGUGCACGUGAACGAACCAGGUCGCACCAGCUGGGAGGGUUUCGUCACUGCCACCCGCGCAGCUGCUGCCGGCGGCCUCACCACCAUCCUUGACAUGCCUUUGAAUUCUGUACCACCCACAACGUCGCUAAAAAACUUAAAAAUUAAAGCGGCUGCAGCGAGGGAGGAAGUCUAUGUCGACGUUGGUUUCUGGGGAGGAGUCGUGCCUGGAAAUGAGAUAGAACUGCACGACCUGAUCAGAGCUGGUGUGGUCGGGUUCAAGUGUUACCUGAUCGACAGUGGAGUGGAUGAGUUCCCCUACGUCAAGCCCGAAGAACUUCCACUAGUACUCCAGGUCCUGAAUGGUACUGGAACUGUAUUAGCUUUCCACGCUGAAUUGAACAUUGGUAACACCACCUGUAGCAGUUGUAAUCCCGAGCUCUAUGACACUUAUCUCGCUUCUCGGCCCGAGGAAAUGGAAAUAGAAGCAGUUUCCUUGAUCGCCAAUCUUUUGCCUACAACAGAUGUCCACGUGCACGUAGUACAUGUAUCAGCAGCCCAAGUCAUACCAAUACUGGAGCAGGCAAGGAAAGCACGUAUUGAAGCCGGUAGUGCCAGCUGGCGAGGAGGAGUCACUGCCGAGACCUGCCACCACUACCUCACAUUAAGCUCUGAACAGAUAGCCCCUGGGCACACAGAGUUCAAAUGUUCACCACCCAUUAGGAACAUCACGAACAAGUUACAACUGUGGGAUUACAUCAGAGACAAUAGAUUAGACCUGAUAGCGUCUGAUCACUCUCCCAGCGUCGCUAGUCUCAAAGGCAGUGACUUCAUGACGGCUUGGGGAGGUGUAUCAUCUCACCAGUUUGGUUUGUCGUUGUUCUGGACCGAAGCGAGUGCCCGCGGCUACGGCUUGGGCACCGUCAGUCACUACCUGUCUGCGGGUCCGGCGCGCCUGGCUGGCCUGCAGAACCGCAAGGGUGCUCUAAGACCGGGCCUCGACGCCGACCUCGUGUUCUUUGACCCCAACGCAAUGUUUGUUGUCACGCCUGAAACUAUAUUCUAUAAGAACAAGAUAAGCCCGUACAUGUACCGGCCCCUACGAGGCAAGGUUGUAGAGACCUACUUGAGGGGGCAGCUAAUCUUCGCCGAUGGAAAAGUUGUGGAAAACCCUAAGGGCCAGCUUCUGCUAAACGACGGUUACUGAAUAUAUCUAAUUUUAUUGCUGAAAGUACCUACCUAAACUUUAAUAUAAGAACCUAAAUCACUAUGUAGGUACUUAUUAGUAAUAAGUACUGUUAGUUUAGUUAGUGUUACUGUUUAGUUUCUGAUAGUAAUUAUUUUUGUUAUUAAUUUAAGAUACCAAAGUACAUUGUUAUUAUUG